AUGUCUAAAGCUGUUGGUAUUGAUUUAGGUACUACUUAUUCCUGUGUUGCUCAUUUUGCAAAUGAUCGUGUUGAAAUCAUUGCUAAUGAUCAAGGUAAUAGAACUACCCCAUCAUACGUCGCGUUUAAUGACAGUGAAAGAUUGAUUGGUGAUGCGGCCAAAAAUCAGGCUGCCAUUAAUCCUACAAAUACUGUCUUUGAUGCUAAGCGUUUGAUCGGUAGAAAAUUUGACGAUCCAGAGGUCCAAAGUGAUAUGAAACAUUGGCCUUUUAAAGUUAUUAAUGUGGGGGGUAAGCCAAAGAUUCAAGUUGAGUUUAAAGGUGAAACCAAGGUUUUCACUCCAGAAGAAAUUUCCUCUAUGGUAUUGAUCAAGAUGAGGGAGACUGCCGAAGCUUAUUUGGGUUCUAAGGUUAAUGAUGCUGUAGUUACUGUUCCUGCUUACUUUAAUGACUCUCAAAGACAGGCUACGAAAGAUGCCGGUACAAUUGCUGGCUUGAACGUUUUGCGUAUUAUUAAUGAACCCACAGCCGCGGCUAUUGCUUAUGGGUUGGACAAAAAGGGUAAAGGCGACCAUAAUGUGUUGAUCUUUGAUUUAGGUGGUGGUACCUUUGAUGUUUCUUUGUUGUCUAUUGAUGAUGGUAUCUUUGAGGUUAAAGCUACCGCCGGUGACACACACUUAGGUGGUGAAGAUUUUGAUAAUAGAUUGGUUACUCAUUUGGCCAAUGAAUUCAAAAGGAAAAACAAGUCUGACUUGACUACCAAUCAAAGGUCCUUGAGAAGACUAAGAACUGCUGCUGAGAGGGCCAAGAGGGCUUUGUCAUCAUCUACCCAAACUUCUAUUGAAAUCGAUUCUUUAUACGAGGGCAUUGAUUUUUACACCAGUAUUACAAGAGCCAGAUUUGAAGAGUUGUGUGCGGACAUGUUUAGGUCUACUUUAGAGCCAGUCGAAAAAGUUUUGAGAGAUUCUAAAUUGGAUAAGACACAAAUUGACGAAAUUGUUUUGGUGGGUGGCUCCACCAGAAUCCCAAAGAUUCAAAAGUUGGUUUCCGACUUUUUUAAUGGCAAAGAACCAAACAGAUCUAUCAACCCAGAUGAAGCCGUUGCUUACGGUGCUGCCGUUCAAGCUGCCAUUUUAACUGGUGAUCAGUCUUCCAAGACUCAGGAUUUAUUGUUGUUGGAUGUUACUCCAUUAUCCUUGGGUAUUGAAACUGCGGGUGGUAUAAUGACUAAGUUGAUUCCAAGAAAUUCUACGAUUCCAACUAAAAAAUCGGAAACCUUUUCCACGUAUGCUGAUAACCAACCAGGUGUUUUGAUUCAAGUUUAUGAGGGUGAGAGAACAAGAACAAAAGAUAAUAACUUGUUGGGUAAAUUUGAGUUAAGUGGUAUCCCACCUGCUCCAAGGGGCGUCCCACAAAUCGAGGUUACCUUUGAUAUUGAUGCGAAUGGUAUCUUGAAUGUAUCCGCUAUAGAAAAGGGUACUGGUAAAUCCAAUAAGAUUACGAUUACUAAUGAUAAAGGUAGAUUAUCUCAAGCUGAUAUUGAUAGAAUGGUUAGUGAAGCUGAAAAGUUUAAAGCUGAAGAUGAACAAGAGGCAAAACGUGUUCAGACUAAGAAUAGUUUGGAGGCAUACGCCUUUUCUUUGAAAAAUAGUGUCAAUGAGAGUGGUUUUAAGGAUAAAGUUGGGGAAGAAGAUUUUGAAAAACUAUCUAAGGCUGCUGAGGAAACUAUUAAUUGGUUGGAUGCUUCUCAAGCUGCUUCUACUCAAGAGUAUGAAGACAAACAAAAGGAAUUGGAAGGUGUUGCUAAUCCAAUCAUGACCAAGUUUUAUGGUGCUGCUGGUGGCGCUGGUGGCGCUGCUGGUGGUGCCGCUCCAGGUGGGUUCCCAGGUGCUCCAGGUGGUGGUGCUGCUGGUCCAAAUGCAGGUGGCGAUUCUGGCCCAACUGUUGAAGAGGUUGACUGA